AUGGCGGAUUCAGGACGUGGGGGCCGCGGCCAGGGCCGAGGAGGUCGCGGCGGUGGUGAUCGCGGUGGUCGCGGUGGUGGUCGUGGAGAUCGUGGCGGUGGUGAUCGCGGUGGACGUGGUGGUAGCUUCCGUGGAGAUCGCGGUGGUGGUGGAGGUGGCUUCCGUGGAGAUCGCGGCGGCGGCGGCGGCGGCUUUAGAGGAGACCGCGGCGGCCGUGGCGGCAGUUUCGGCGGCGGAGGUAGAGGUGGUGAUCGUGGUGGACGUGGUGGUGGUAGAGGAGGUCGUGGCGGUUUCGCUCCUCGUCGUGAUGCGUUCGAAGGCGAAGCUUGCACCUUCUACGGACAAGGCUCCACCAUCCGCCAGCCUGAUGCCGAUAUCACCAAGCUCGAGGACAAGAUUAUCCAGAGUCACCAGUCCAAGGACCAGGCCCUCGUCAAGAAGAUGAGUAGCAUGAAGCUCGCCGAUUCCAGCUCGGCCUCCCUGAUGCCCCGCCGCCCUGCCUACGGUACCAAGGGCAAGCAGAUCAUCGUCUGGGCAAACUACUUCCGCCUGAGCGUCAACCCCAUGGUGCUGUACCGGUACAACCUCGAAGUCCGCAAGGGUGAGAAAGAGGACGCUCCGCCCGAAGAACCGCAGGUCAAGGGCAAGGGCAAGGGCAAGCCUCCGGCUGGCUCUGGCGAUGGCGCUCCUGCUGCCAUUCCUGCUCGGAAGCUCAAAGUCAUCCUGCAGUACGCUCUUGCAGAGCUCAGGAAGCUUGAGCCCGACGCCGUUUUCGCAACCGAGUUCAAGUCCCAGCUCGUCUGCCUCAACAAGUUGAGGCUCGUUAAGAACCCCAUCAUCGUCAAGUUCAAGAACGAGAACUCCAGCCGUGAGGAGUUGUACAACGUCAAGGUCGUCGGCGAGACAGAGGCUCCGUUGGCUGCCAUGGUCCAGUACCUCCAGACCAUGGUCGAUACGAGCGACCCAGACGAAGUGCACUUCCCCCGGUUCGCGACCUCCAUGGAUGCCCUUGGUGUCAUUCUCGGCUACACCCCACGGCUGAACGACCAGGUCACUGCUAUUGGCAAGGGCCGGUUCUUCCCGUGGGGUCCCGGUUCCGCCACGGCACAGCUCGGCUCCCAGGAUCCUCUCACAGCCAUCAGAGGUUUCUUCCAGAGUGUUCGUCUCGGCACCGGCCGCACCCUCUUGAACGUCAAUGUCACCCACGGUGUGUUCAAAACCGAUGUCCGGAUCAGCGACCUUUGCAAGUGGUUUGGCGUUGACGUCUUCGGUACCGGUAAUGUCCGCGCCCACAACGAAGCCAGAGGAACUCUGCGCACCUUGUCCAAGUUCCUCGCCAGGACUCGCGUGACCAUCGAAUUCCGCACCGGUGACGGCAAAAACGUCAUCGCCAAGAAGGCGAUCCAGGGUCUCGCGUGCAAGCACGACCUCUCCAGGCCUCCUAUCGACAGCACCGUCUUCUUCACCAAAGACUUUGCCUACGGUGGCCCCUCGGAGGUCAAGUUCCAGCUGGAGCCUGAGGAGGGCCAGACUACGGUCAUGGGCAAUAAGCCGCCUGGUGCCUAUUCAGUUGGGCAGUAUUGGCAGUGGAAGUACAAACAGGCUCCCGACAACACCUUGCCGCUGGUCAACCUCGGCACGGCCGCCAAGCCCAUGUUCUUCCCUGCCGAACGGUGCACCAUCGUUGCGGGCCAGGCUGUUCGUUCCAAGCUUACCGGUGACGAGACUACCAUGAUGCUCGACUUUGCUUGCCGCUCUCCUUUUGCCAACGCCAUCUCCCUCGAGCGUGAUAGCGCAGCGGCCUUGGGCUUUGACGAGCCGAUCCUGCAGCAGUUUGGUCUGUCGGUUGACAAGAGGCUCUUGUCUGUCAUCGGUCGUGAACUGAUGCCUCCAAUCGUCACCUACGGCAAUGCCAAGACUCUCCAGGCUCGCAGUGGUUCUUGGAACAUGAGUGGCGUCAAGUUUGCCAAGGCAGGCCCCCGGAUCACUAACUGGAACUGGGUCCGCAUCGUUGACACUGGAAACCCCAGGAUCUCUACCGACGAGGUCGCAGAAUCCGUUCGGCAAUUUGUGGCAUUCCUGAACACCAGUGGGGUCGCCAUUGACACUCAGGCUCCAAAUACCGCUCAUCAGAUCAAUGUAGGUCGCGGCAAUGCCACUGAGGACAUCAGGAGAGCCUUCGCGGCUAUCGACGCGCACACUAAGAAGGAUAAGGGUAGCACCAAGAACUUCUUCCUGCUUGUGAUCCUGCCAAGGCAGGAUACCGCCCUCUAUGGCGCCGUCAAGUCUCUCGCCGACACCCAGUUCGGUUUCCACACCGUGUGCUCCGUAGAGAAGACGUUCCUCAAGAACAACCCCCAGACUUUCGCCAACAUUGGUCUCAAGUGGAACCUGAAGAACGGCGGCAACAAUCACCUGGUCAAAGACACAAGCGACAUCAUCACUUCGGGCAAGACCAUGAUUGUUGGGUACGACGUCACUCACCCGACCAACAUGCCUAACGACAAGAAUGCCGCGCCCAGUCUUGUCGGCAUGGUUGCGAGCGUUGACAGGGACCUCGGACAGUGGCCGGCCGUUGCGUGGGAGCAGGGUGCUCGCCAGGAGAUGCUUGGCGAGGAGCUUGUCGAGCAUUUCAAGUCUCGCUUGGUCUUGUGGCGCUCGCGCAACCAGGGCAAGCUUCCCGAAUUCAUCGUCAUCUACCGCGACGGUGUCUCUGAGGGCCAAUUCACCCAAGUUCUCACUAUCGAGCUGCCCAUGAUUCGCAAGGCGUGUGCCCAGCUUUACCCGUCCGGACAGCGCCCUAAGCUAUCCAUCAUCGUGUCCGUCAAGCGCCACCAGACGCGUUUCUAUCCUUCUUCUGACCAGAACAUGGACCAGAAGUCGCGCAACAUCAAGAGCGGCACGAUUGUCGACCGCGGCGUCACUCAAGCUCGUUACUGGGACUUCUUUCUGACGGCUCACACGGCUCUCAAGGGCACUGCUCGCCCUGCUCACUACACUGUGCUCAUGGACGAGAUCUUCAGGGAGAAGUACGGUGUCGGCACCGCGGCCGCAGACCAGCUGGAGAAGCUCACGCACAACCUGUGCUAUCUCUUCGGCCGUGCCACCAAGGCGGUCAGCAUUUGCCCGCCGGCCUACUACGCAGACAUUGUCUGCGACCGAGCCCGUGUCCACCGUCCGGAUCUCUUUGAUGUUUCGGACGUGGCAUCCACAGCCACGGGCGUGUCCCACGGCACCACGCCUUCGAACGUGAUCCAGGUUCACCCCAACUUGCGGGACACUAUGUAUUACAUUUGA